AUGCGUACGGGUGCGCAAAGCGAUCCCCACUCUUCCGCCGAGAGCCCAAUAUCCGUGCCGGUAUCUGUACCACGGAGGAAGGAAAAAUGAGUUGUAUUCUCCGUGGCCCUCACGCAUAUUUUAGAGCUUUGAGCAUUUAUGAUGACUGAUGUGUUUCAUUGUCAUAGUUACUGAGUAAACAACUGAUAAGGUUAAAAAUAUCAAAUUGCAUCUGUAUUUCAAAAUCAUUUUUGGCAGGACAUAAAGCCAGCAAACUAUCACAUAAAAUCAUUAUAAAGUGUUUUUGUAAAUUAUACUAUGAGUUUUUGUGUGGAUUUAGUAUCGGAGGACUCCUUUUAUGAAAAUAUUACUUUGGGAGUAACAAAGCUUUUAGAGGCGGACCCCAGAAUUUGUAAUGUCAGUGUUGAGCGCAGACCUCCUUGUGACCGUGUAGCACUGUCUACUUGGGAACAGAGACAUUCAGCCUUACUUCCCGAGGAUCUACGUAACUUUUAUGCUUCAAGCGAUGGAUUUCAGUUAACUUGGCAUUAUAAAUAUUCCGCUGAUGAAAUAUUGCCGGUUGGCUCAAUCCGAGUCAACUCUUUGAACGAAUUGUGCCUUUCACCUGCCCUGAAGGAUCUGUUAGAUUUCGCAAUGACGAGACAGCAUAAUGGACCGCGACCAGUGCUUAAUACUAAAAGCAAAGUCUUUGAGUUGGACACAUGCAGAACUAUUGGAAAGAUUUGCUUGGUGUACACUGGAGGUAUGUGGUCAGUGUGGCUAGCGACACGAGAGGGCGCCUGGGGCUGGCUAGCGGAUUCUUUUACUCAUUAUUUUAGAAUGGCACUUGUGCAUUUAGGUCUCCCUGGGUGGCAAGCUGCCUUUGCUAAUCUACCUCUAAUACCUUGGGCAGAACAAUUAUUCCUACUGCUAGCUCCUCAUUUGCUGGAAAAAUCGGAAAUAGAGCCUAACUUGAUAACUGUUGCAAGUGAAACUGGGCUGAAUCAUAUUGAUCCCAAUAUAUUCAAGACAUCAGUACGCCAUCAUAAAAAUGCUACACGCCAGCCAAACCAGUAGUCGUGGUAUUUAAAUUUAAAAGGAGUAGAAAAUACAAAUUGAAGAACUAAUAAUAAAAUAUUCAAUAGUAAA